AUGAAGGAUGCCCUGGGCCGCCGUGUAUGGGAUAGGUCCAAGUAUGGACCUAAGGAGGGGGAUGAAGCUGAAUUGUCAUCAACUCUCAAUGCUAUUGGUAAGGUGGAACCUCAAAUUCUGCACGUUCCUAAAGUCAAAGAAACUUUGAAACAGAGGGAAAAGUCUGUGGAUUUGGAGAGCCAAGUUGGCGUAUCUAAGCUCAUAUCACCAAUCACUCCUAAAUGGCAGCAGGGCGGAUUUUAUUGCAAACUUUGCGAUUGUCUAUUGAAGGAUUCACAAUUAUAUUUGGAUCAUUUGAAUGGAAAAAAACACAAUCGUAUGCUUGGUAUGUCAAUGAGGGUAGAACGUGUUACAGUUGACCGCGUUUCUGAGAAGUUAAAAAAUUUGAAAGCUGAUAGGGAACGCAAUAAACUCAAUUCACAAGGCCUGGAAGAAUUGCAACAGCAGGAUAAAGAUCGCAAAAGGAGAAAGAGUAGGGGGAAAGAGGCUUCGGCUAAUGGCAAUGCUAAUGUUGAAGAUGAUCCUCCUGAUGAACAAACUUUAGCGAUGGCUGCCAUGGGCUUCCCUACUAGUUUCAAGAAGCAAUAG